AUGGGACAGAGGAACAACGUUACAGAAUUUGUUCUCCUGGGCCUUACUCAGGAUCCUGAUGUGCAAAAGGCAUUAUUUAUCCUGUUUUUACUCAUCUACAUUGUGACAAUGGUGGGCAACCUGCUCAUCCUAGUGACCAUUAUUGCCAGCCCCUCUUUGGACUCUCCUAUGUACUUCUUCCUUGCUUACCUGUCACUCAUGGAUGCUGGGUAUUCCACUGCUACUUCACCCAAGAUGAUUGUAGACUUACUAUGCUAUAAGAAAACCAUCUCAUUCUCAGCCUGCAUGGGUCAGCUGUUCAUAGAGCACUUAUUUGGAGGUGCCGAGGUCUUUCUUCUGGUGGUGAUGGCCUAUGACCGCUAUGUGGCCAUCUGUAAGCCACUGCACUAUUUGACCAUCAUGAAUCAACGCCUCUGCAUUCUCCUGGUGAUAAUGGCCUGGGUUGGAGGGUUUGUUCACUCUGUGGUUCAACUUGUCUUUGUGUACAACCUCCCAUUUUGCGGUCCCCACAUCAUUGACCACUUCAUGUGUGACAUGUACCCAUUGUUGGAACUUGCGUGCACUGACACCUACCUAAUAGGCCUCACUGUGGUUGCCAAUGGCGGAGCCAUCUGUAUGGUCGUUGUUGUCCUUCUACUCAUCUCCUAUGGGUUUAUCUUAAACUCCCUAAAAUCUCACAGUCAGGAGGGGAGGCGCAAAGCCUUGUCCACCUGCAGCUCUCACAUCACGGUGGUGGUUCUCUUUUUUGUUCCUUGUAUUUUCAUCUAUGUUCGACCAGUGUGCAACUUUCCCAUUGACAAAUCCAUAAGUGUGUUUUUUACGGUCAUCACUCCCAUGCUCAAUCCUCUAAUAUACACAUUAAGAAAUUCAGAGAUGAAAAAUGCUAUGAAAAAACUCUUGGGUAGAAAACGAGUCAUUAUUUCCAACAAAUACUAA